UCUAACAGACGACCAGCUACUCCCAAUUGACCGUGACGAGGAACUGCAACAGGGCGCCAGACUGCUUCGCACCUAGUAUAUAAAUCCCUAUUGAAGAUCAUGCCCAUCCACGAAACGGAGGACCCGGCACAUCCAUCUGCGCUAGCGGGCGUUGACCAAGAGUUUCUAGUAUUCUUCUCAUCUCGUGAUGAGACGGGGACGCUCUGGUGCCCGGACUGCCGUGAGGUUGACGCACUCGUCCACAAGGUCUUCGGUCCGAGUGAGGGUCCGUCAGCUCUCGUCAUUUACGUUGGCCAGCGAACCGCUUGGAAAGAUCCGACCAACCCGUUCAGAGGAGAGCCGUGGAAGGUGCCAUCCAUUCCGACGAUAAUCAGAGCGCGAGACGGCGCCCGGCUUGUGGAGGAAAUCGAGACGCAGCUGGCCUCGUUCAUUUCAGCAUGAUCGAUGCGGGUGUAUCCCUCGGGGGAACGUCCGGACAAUCUGGUGAGGGGGCAUGACUUUGUCUUGUACCUCCGCCGAGUUUUGUAAGAGCGCCGACUAUGUAGCUGGAAUUCAAUCCCAAACCAGCGUCUAGAGCCGUGGAGUGUCGGCAGCUCAUGAAACUUCUC